UGGAACAGGUAUACUUGAAGAAUUAGUUGACCAAGAUUGUACAAGGAGACACGAAUAGGGCAGGGUGAAUACGUACUGCAUCAUUCAAGAACUUUCCAGGGGAAAAGAUGGCAGGUCUACGCGUCGUCUCUCUGUCUGUGCUGCUGGCUGUCUUUGCCGCAGUUCUGGUGAUUGCGACUGGAGCUGAGGCUGCUAAGAAAAAGAAAUCGCCAUGCAGCUUGCCGAAGAGGCCCGGCCCCUGUGAAGCUGCCAUUAGGAUGUUCUACUUCAAUGCCAGGAAGGGCAGGUGCGAACAGUUCUUCUAUGGCGGCUGCAGGGGCAAUAAGAAUAGGUUCAAGACGAAAGCAAAAUGCGAAAAGCGAUGCAAAAUAAGUACCGAUAUGGAAUUGAAGUGUCCAGCCGUGCCAACAGGGACUUUUGGUAUUUGUGUGGAGCUGUGUCCAUCAAGUGGUUGCCCUGACGGCACGAUGUGCUGCUCUAACGGAUGUGGGCACACAUGUCAAGUUCCCGCCGGCGUGCAAACAGAUGAGAAAGACGCUGCAAAGCCAAUUCCCGAGGUCUGUGACCUUGAAAAGGUCACUGGUAGGUGCCGGGCUGCUCACAAGAGGUACUUCUACAGCAAGACAGAGAGGAAGUGUAAGAAGUUCAUAUAUGGUGGUUGUGGAGGGAACGGCAACAACUUCAAGACCUUGGCGAAGUGUCGGAAGAUGUGCCAGUAAUUUAUCACCAGACAAAUUAGACUGACAUCAUAUUAGAAGGACUGUUGAGGACAUCAUAUUAUUGUCAUUAUUAUACUAGUAGUUUUGGUAGGACAAAUUCUGUAUCAUGGUAUGUUGAUGCCAUUUAGGAUGACCAGUUUAAAAUGGUCCUCAAAUUACAUUACAAUCAUAUCUUUCCGCGUACCAGUUUUCAAGAGCAAUUGGAUACUCCGACAAAUUACAUGUAGUUUCUUUAGUCGAUACAUUAUUCUGUGAAACUCGUCUGGUUAUUCAAUAAAAUGUGGCAGUCUGUA